AUGACGCAGAAAAGGAAGAACGUGACAGCCAUGGCAGAGGGAGACGGAGAACAUACAUUGAAGAAGAAGAUGAAACUCCACGACGAAGAAACCAACGAUAGAAUCUCAGACCUGCCAGAACCCAUCAUCCACCACAUCAUGUCUUUCCUUCCUUCCACUCUCGAUGCAACCCACAUGAGCAGCUUGUCCAAGAAAUUCUUUUCCACAUGGAGAUCUUUCCCUGAGCUCGUUUUCGAUUUCGGGUCGUUUGCAAAUCUAAGAAGGGUAAAGAAAACAAGCAACAUUAAAAUCCACAUGUUUCUUAACUGGGUUUAUGAUUCCAUUCAAAGUCGGUUGCUUAAUGAUACCACUACACCUUGUUGCUUUGAAAGGUUGACUUUUUGGGGUCCUCUUGAUGGUUUUAAAUCAGAGGAUUACAGAGUUGAGAAAUUGCUAGACUUUGCCGUGGAGAAAAAAGUUAAAGAUUUGGAUCUCAGUGGGGAGCUAAAAUAUUAUGACUAUGUUCGCGAAUCAAAACCAUAUUCUUUUCCAGUAGAUCAUGCUAUCUUCUCUGCUAGUUCGGUCAGGAAUUUGAAGCUACAAGGGUUCAGAUUGAAGCAAAAAGAUCUUACUUUUAAUUUUCCUUCUGUUGAGAGUUUUAGUUUGAAAAACUGCUGUGGUUUUAAGAGCAUUAAGUUGUCAGGAACCAAACUCAGAGAAGUAAAAUUGGAGUCUUGUGAAGGAUUGAGAAAGAUUGAUAUUGAUGCCACAGAGACUUUGGAGUCUUUCUGUUUUGGUGGGGUUAAAGAGAAGUGUGUGAUCGGUCUUUCUUCUGCUAAGUUCCAUAAAUCAUUGGAACUGAGGACUGAGAAUUUCGUGGAUGAAUUUUGGGUUGGUAAUGAAAAAUCCAACUUGUACGGGGAUAGAUGGUUUGAUAAUUGGAAGAUAAUAACAAAAUGUAAGUAUUUGGCGCAGAAAGUUCCAAUAUAUUUGUUUUGA